AGAGAGAAUUUCAAGCCCUGUUCGACUACUGGUAUGUGUUACCAGGGUACUUUGUUGCUUUGCGUUUCUGUGGACGUUUAUCACCACAUCUUACUACUUGUUAUUCUGUACACCUCAGUAUUAUAAACAAUUGUAUUCACUCCAAACCAAGUGUGCUAGGAACUGUUUGGAUGGAAGAAAGGGGAAAGGACAUACAUGGAACAAAAAGUUAACAAAAAAGACAAAAAAAAAGAGAAAGGGAGCGUAGUGAAGAUUGGAAAGGUACUGGAGAAGGCAGAACAAAGAUAGCUGUGGUGACAAAGUCCAUUGCUUUGUUGCUUUAAUGGUUUGCCUCAUCCUGUUCAGGUGCUGGGCCAUCCCUUCAUGUACCGCUAACCACAAGCACACCAGGGAGUGUCUGGUGACCUUAGAUGAACUGGUGGAAGUCUUGAAGAAGAUCAAGAACAUUGACACCAAGGACAUGGCAUCCGACCAGAAGUUGGAACACAUCGCCCAGAUGUUGGAUGAUGACCAUGAUGGACAGAUCCGCUUGAAUGAAGUGAAUAAGGCGAUACAGAUGAUCCUUGAGGAGGACGUUGACCUGACAGAGUCCCAGCUGAGGGAAGUGGUGAAGCUGCUCCAUGCUGAGGAGGAUCUUGAGGAGAAGGAGGACCAGGAGAGGGAGAGACUGGAGAAGGAGAAGGAGCUGUGGGAUCAGCAGCAGCCUCGUGAGGAACAGAAGCAGAACUAGACACAGGACUGGCUGGCUGGCUGACAGUCAGGCUGGUCUGGAAGUAGCUGUGGCUAACUUGCUCCUUCACUCGGAAGUAGAGGACAAUAAGUGCUGCGGAGAAAUAGAAAAUAAAACUUACUCCUAUGUGGACCCAGAAAAUGUUAGACAAAUUUUCAUGUCUAUUGUCUGGCAGAUGAAACCAGGUACAUGUAUCAUUAUUAGAGUAACCUCUAGUGUUCAUCUUGGUACGAGGGAUGAUAGAAAUUCUGACCCCCUGCUUAUUUCCAGCAGGCAGACUGUAGUCCAAGCUACAGGCUGUCCAUGUCACUCAGUUCUAAAUGAUACUUAAAAGACAUUAAAUCAAUUGUACAUUGAUGUACAGAACCUCUAUUUCAUUCUGGUGGUGACAACGGACAAUAUAUAUGUCAGAAAAUAUCUAUGUAUGAAACAAUAGUGUGGAAACACAUGGAGACAGGAUUUACCAAAACUAUAAUAAAAGCAGAGUGUACAUACACUGACCAUGAGUGAAGAAUGUGGUUUCAAAUUAUUGUUAUAGCUUUUGAACAGAGAACAAAUGGAAAAUUUGGGUAGUACAAAAAACAUGUAGUUGGCAGAGCUAGAGACAAACGAGUAUGGAAAGACGGGUGAGGAUAUUAAUUUGUCCUGUCGUAUUCCCACUACUUUACCCCUAAUCCUCCAUGUGCAAAUGUCUACAAUAGCUUGUGUGGGUGUUUAGUGUACAUUUCUAAUGAUUACAACAAAAUAACUUAUAUACCAACAGUAAGGAGUACAUGUAUGAAUAUGUGGCACUGACAAAUACCAGUAUGUGAAAGUACAAUGGGUAAGAUUUUUGUCUGUUAAGAAACAAAAGAAUACUGUGCAAAGACUGGUGCUUACUCUAUCAUAUGUUUUUUGAAAAGGUAUAUUAAUAAUUUGGUCAAAAAAGUUUUUUUUACAUCUUUACAAGGUUACAUGUAUGUUUUCAGAAUCACAUUGUAAAUAGUUAUCACCAAGUAUGACAUGAAGUCAUAACAAGUCGUAACAUGUUUGCAAAAUCAAUGUAUAUAUUAUGAUGCUUUCAAGGACUAGUUGCUGUUGAGAGAUGGACUUUCAUUAUGAUUGCUGUGAAGUGUGGAAUACCUUUUUCAGAAUGUCUAUGCUUGUACAUGUAUGUAAAUUAUAAUGUGUGGUGGGCAAUUUAAGGUGUUUGAUGGUAUCGGACACCAAAGUACAUUGCAGUAUAUGACAUUGAAGAGCAGUGCACAAAUACAUGUACUGUAUGUGGAAAGGAGAAAUGUUUCUUAAAAUUUGAGAUUCAAAGUUAUAAGGCCUUGAAAAAAAGAGAUACAGUUAUCAACUCCCAAAGAACUCUUAAACAAUUUCUCCCCCAUAGCAAAAUCAAAAACUUGCUAAAAGCCAUUAUUGGAUUGUAUAUCUUGUUGAAAGAAUUAUUAUUAUUAUUAUGAUAAGAACAUUAACAUGUUGCUGUUUCCCUUCUGUCACAAAUUUUUGUACUUGAACUUGUGUAAAUUGUAUUUAUGAAACCAGGGAGGUUAAAAAUCAAAGUUGAAUUAAAGCUCCUUGAUGAAACUGAGUUUCUUAUGUGUUCAAAGCAUUUAUAUGCUUGAGUGAAAAUAAAAAGAUUUCUAUGGAGAUUUAAAAAAAAUAUUAUAUCACUUGGUCCAUUAGAUGCAUAUAUGAUGCCCCUGGAAGGCAAGGCAUAUUUGAUAUCAUGUAUUAUUUUCUUGUUGAUGAACCAUUAUUCCAAAGAUUACUUAUCUGAUUUUGUGUACAUGUGUGUCAUUCAGUUUGUAUAUCUGUGACUGCAUUGUCCCUAAGUGACCUUUAGUGUUACAUGUUAUGAAAUGUCUACCCUGGUCCUAAAAGCUCUUUUUCCUGACAACUGGAAUGAUUUGUUUAUCAAUCCUUUAUUCACAAACUACAUAUAGAUGUAAGAGUGACGAAACGUAUCCCCUUGUUGAAAUGUGAUGAACAGAUUGAGCAGAACUUCUUGUCCCACAAACUGUACUUGCAUCAAUGCCUCUAAUGUAAGGUUAUCAGCUUAUCAAAAAUGUUGCAAAGUCGUCUAGAUUGCAUACAUCUCAAUAUUUCUCUCAUGUUUGAUGUUACCAAAAGAACAGGAUAAAAAGGAAGUGGCUGUAGUCAUUACAACCACAUAUCUGUUGUGAACUUGAAACACGUGUAGAAUUUCAAUACUUGUCAUGUUGACGUCUGAUCAUCAUUAGCUUAAAACCACAGAAUUUACCCAACAUGCAAUAUUGGCCAAUGGUGAAGGCAUGUUGAAUUUUAGGGUGCCAACAACAUGAUUCAUACAUACAGGGGGAAAAUCUACAUGUAGUAAAGAUUGUAUUCAGGUAUGACACAUGUAAAUGUUGCAGAAGAAAAAAAUGUGUU